AUGAAAUACAAUCCAGUUGGUCCAAAGAAGGAGGUGGCCGAAUGUAAGGAAAAGUUUGCAAGUUCAGUGGAUCCAACAGUUAGUCAAACUUUUAUGCUGGAUCGAGUGUUCAAUCCCGAGGGGAAGUCGCUGCCGCCCCUGCGAGGCUUCAAGUACUCCAGCUGGUCCCCGCUGGGCUGUGACGCCAACGGCAGGUGCCUGCUGGCAGCUUUAACCAUGGACAACCGACUGACCAUCCACGCCAACCUCAACAGGCUGCAGUGGGUGCAGCUGGUGGACCUGACAGAAAUCUACGGGGAGCGUCUGUACGAAGCCAGUUACAAACUCUCCAAGGCCGACGCUCCCAGGGGAGAGCUCGGGGACUUCCCCGAGUUCCAGCGGCGCCACAGCAUGCAGACGCCGGUGCGCAUGGAGUGGUCGGGCAUCUGCACCACGCAGCAGGUCAAACACAACAACGAGUGCUGGGACGUGGGCAGCGUGCUCUUGGCCGUGCUCUUUGAGAACGGCAACAUUGCGGUUUGGCAAUUUCAGCUCCCCUUUCUGGGCAAGGAAUCGAUUACUUCUUGCAAUACCAUCGAGUCCGGAAUAAGUUCCCCCAGUGUGUUGUCCUGGUGGGAGUAUGAACACAACAACCGAAAGAUGAGCGGGCUUAUUGUAGGGAGUGCUUUUGGACCUGUUAAGAUCCUCCCCGUCAAUCUAAAAGCAGUCAAAGGCUACUUUACCCUGAGGCAACCUGUAGUCUUAUGGCAAGAAAUGGACCAGUUACCAGUGCACAGUAUUAAAUGUAUUCCUCUUUACCACCCCUACCAGAAGUGUAGUUGUAGCUUAGUGGUGGCUGCAAGAGGAGCUUACGUGUUCUGGUGUCUGCUGUUGAUAUCCAAAGCACGUCUGAACGUCCACAAUUCCCACGUGACAGGGCUUCACUCUUUGCCAAUCGUGUCUAUGACGGCAGACAAGCAGAACGGCACGGUGUACACGUGCUCCAGUGAUGGGAAGGUCAGGCAGCUGAUUCCCAUCUUCACAGACGUUGCUCUCAAGUUUGAGCACCAGCUGAUCAAGCUCUCGGAGGUGUUUGGCUCCGUCAGGACUCACGGCAUCGCCGUCAGCCCCUGUGGCGCAUAUCUGGCUGUUAUUACCACAGAGGGAAUGACCAACGGGCUGCACCCAGUGAACAAAAACUAUCAGGUUCAGUUUGUAACCCUGAAGACUUUUGAGGAAGCAGCUGCGCAGCUCUUGGAAUCUUCUGUUCAGAACCUUUUCCGGCAAGUGGACUUGACGGAUCUCGUACGCUGGAAAAUCCUGAAGGAUAAGCAUAUCCCUCAGUUCUUACAGGAAGCACUGGAUAAAAAGAUCGAGAGCUGUGGUUCGACUUACUUCUGGCGGUUUAAGCUGUUUCUCCUGAGGAUUUUGUACCAGUCCAUGCAGAAAGCUCCUUUGGAGGUCACGUGGAAACCGUCACACGAGGAUGCAAAAGUCCUGAUAUCGGAUUCCCCUGGGAUGGGCAGCACUGAAGAUGACCAAGAGGAAGGAACUUCUAAACAAGCCAGCAGGCAGAGCCUAUGUGACGCAGGCAAAGGUAUGGACAUAGAUGAUGCUGCAGAUGAGUCUCUUCCUCAGUCGAGUGACGUAGGAGGCCGCGAGCCAAUGGAAGAAAAGCUUCUUGAAGUACAGGCACAAAUUGAGGCAGUAGAAAUGCACUUGACACGAGAACACAUGAAACGGGUGUUGGGGGAAGUUUAUCUACACACAUGGAUUACAGAAAACACCAGUAUUCCCACCAGAGGAGUCUGUGACUUCUUAAUGUCCGAUGAUGGCUAUGAGGACAGGACGGCACGAGUGCUGAUCGGGCAUAUCUUAAAGAAAAUGAACAAACAGACUUUUCCAGAGCACUGCAGCUUGUGUAAAGAGAUCCUCCCAUUCACGGAUCGCAAACAGGCCGUCUGCUCCAAUGGACAUAUUUGGCUCAGGUGCUUUCUAACCUACCAGUCCUGUCAGAGCCUGGUAUACAGGAGGUGUUUGCUUCACGACAGCAUUGCACGGCAUCCCACCCCAGAAGAAUAUGUGGGUACUCCAGUCAGCACUAAGGAUCAACUACAGAACUUAAACCUCUGCUGA